AUGGCCAGCUCACAUCUUAUCUAUUCGGGGAAUUGCUUCCCUCUGGUCCCUCCUGGUUCCUGUGAUCAGCACUGGCACCUUUUUGAUCUUCCUCUUGGUUUCUCAUCCCUGCGUUCUUCUAUCAUAGUUGUUCCUCUAAGGCUUGAGCAGUCAGGUUUCCAACGUCAACGAGUUGACCUUAUCGCCCUAAAGUUGAUUCCCUGUUGUCACUUGCCAAUGGACAAAAUUGAGGCUGACGGGCCUGAUUGGAACGUCGCUUCAGGCCCUUCCGUCAGUGAGUAUUGCAAUUUUAUCCUUAUCAGUAAAGUCAAGAACUCCAUUGAUGAAUUUGGUUUGCAAUAUCCUUUGAAGGUUGUGAGCAAAGAGAAAGUGAUCCAAGUGGGUAUGAUGGAGCACAUCAAGAGAGAAAUCUCGGUGAUGAAGAUGGUACGGCAUCCAAACAUAGUCGAGCUCCACGAAGUUUUGGCGGGCAAAUCCAAGAUCUACUUCGCCAUGGAACUCGUCCGUGGAGGCGAGCUGUUCUCGAAAAUCGCUGAGGGUCGGCUUAAAGAAGACGUGGCGAGAGUCUAUUUCCAACAACUCAUCUCCGCCAUCGAUUUCUGUCACAGCCGCGGUGUCUACCACCGAGACCUCAAGCCUGAGAACUUGCUCUUAGACGAAGAAGGUAAUUUGAAAGUCACUGAUUUUGGUCUUAGCGCUUUCACUGAUCAUUUGAAGCGAGAUGGGUUGCUACACACAACGUGUGGCACACCGGCUUAUGUGGCGCCGGAGGUGAUUGGAAAGAAAGGCUACGAUGGUGCUACAGCUGAUCUUUGGUCCUGUGGAGUUAUCCUGUUUGUUCUUCUAGCUGGGUUUUUGCCAUUUCAGGACAAUAAUCUUGUGGCCAUGUAUAAUAAGAUUUACAGAGGUGACUUCAAGUGUCCACCAUGGUUUUCUUUGCUGGGUUUAGUUUGUUCUUGCUGGGUUUAG